ACUGCAGCAGUGCAGGUGUAUUCAAGGUCACAACUUUUAAACAUUAUAUGUGGUGUUUUUUUAACAUUUUCUUACGUCUUGCAUUUGUAGGACAUUAGAUGGAUGCAUUUCUUUACCCGUGUUACUUGAAAGCUUUCAUGGACAAGGGAAAGUGUGAAUUUUUUUCAGACUUUUGCUGGAGGUCGAAUCGCUGUAUAUAUUUGAGACACAUUGACCGGACUUGGCGCAACAAUGGUGUUCCGAGAAUACCGCUUCGUGCUGCCACGGCGGCCAUCGCUGGAAGUGCGCGCAGCGGACGCAAUGAACUCCGACAUGGAGGAACGAAUCGUGAUGACACCGAAAAGCAAGACUGCGACGUCGACUGUGCUGCAGGUGGAGCGUCUGAAGGUGGAGACGUCGUCGCAGGAGGCAGGUGACGUGCACGUCGGGGGUGGACAACACAAGGGCAUCGUCAUCAAUAAGACGAGGAAGACAGAUGCACUGGAGGACACAGCGCCGCAGCUGCAGCUGGAGUUCCGCGUGUUCCUAGUGAGCGGAAGCUCCGGCCAGCACACGCACGAGCAGCGGCACCUGCGCUUCUGGUUCGGCCCGAGCUACGUGGAGCAGGAGCAGGCUAGGAUGGCACAGGACUUCUUCAAGGAACUCGUCGCGCCUCUAGACUUCCCUCGAGACUACGUGGGUUUCAUCAAGAAGAUCAUGAAGAUGUUACAGCUCUCGUAUAAAGGCAUCAGUAAAGUGGAGGUGGAACUUCGCCAGCUGCAGGACUCUGAAGCUCCUCCUGAGCGACCAUCUGCGCGAGGCUGGGUUCUCCACACCGUUGGUCGCGAUCAACCGAUGCUUUUUUUGGAGCAGGCAGAGCGCGAGCUCAGCGAAGAGCAAGUUUUGGAGGUGAUAGAAUCAGCGUACCCGAACCCCGUCACCGUACAGGACAUCGCUAAGCGCGUGUCGUGCGCCGAGGAGCAGAAGGUGCGGCAGUUCGUGAAGGCGCUCGAGGACAAGUCUCUUGUGAAGCUCAUGGCACCUGACUGCUACACGAGGGUCGUCCUCAACGAGACUGAUAUUCAGGUCGUGGGCCAGAUCCCCAAGAUGGUGAGGAGCAAGCAGCCCACCAUCGCCAUCAUCACGGCUCACUAUUGCGAGAAGCUCGCCGUCGACGCAAUGAUUAGCGACCAGGAGACGUUCGUGCGAUACACCACCGUCGGAAAUGCGUACGGUGAGAGCAACGUCUACACCCUCGGCCACAUCGGUCACCAUCGCGUGGUCUGCACCAAACUGCCUCAGAUCGGCCACGACAGAUCAGCGUCCAUCGCCGCCGGCAGCGCCACCACGCGACUGCUUGGAACUUUCCUGCAGGUGGAGCACGUGCUGCUGGUGGGGGUGGCGGGCGGCGUGCCACACUUCACAGACUACAACAAACAUGUCAGGCUUGGCGACGUCGUCGUCGCCGCCCCUCCUCCUGAUUCAAAGAGCAUCUACCUGUACUGCGAGUCUGUCAAAGAGAAGCAGGACGGCGGUCAUCAGUUUGAGUGUCGUAGUUGGGGGCCACCAGACCUCACGCUGCAGAACAUCGCUGCAAAACUCAAGAAUAAGUUUGAGUGUGCGGGCGCUGAUGAGGCGCCGUGGCUGGAGUAUCUGAGGGCGUCUGAACGCGCCCUCGCCGACCAGGAGAUGUGCUUCGCGCGGCCCGCGGCCUCCACAGACAAACUCUUCAUGAACAUCGGAGGCUCUGACGUCAUUCAAGUGACGCAUCCCUCACCUCAGGACGGACAGAAAUCUGUCCGCACGGAGGGAGUUUCUCGUGUACAUUUAGGCCAGAUAGCGUCAGGCCGCUGCGUGGUGUCAGACGCUGAGCUGCAUCAGGACUUCGCAGGCAAGCUCGGCGUGCUGGCGUUCGACCAGGAGAUGGACGCCGUCAUCGACAGCGUCUACGGCAACAGGAAGGACACUUACACCGUCAUCAGGGGCAUUGCUGAUUACCGGGACGGCAGCGUCAACAGAGAAUGGCAGCCUCACGCCGCCCUUGCCGCCGCUGCCUUCAUGAAGGCCCUCGUCUGUGACAUCCCCUUGCCGAACUGAGACAUGCGGCUCUUGAUUUGGUCGUGAGGUCCCUGAUCACUUAUUCGCCUGGUCCCUAGUUCCGUCACCAGGUCCCUUGAACGACCGUCUGGUCCCUUUACACACCAUCUGGUCUCUUGACACACCGUCAGGUCGCUUGUACCACCGUCAGGUCCCUUGCCCACCGUCAGGUCUCUUGCCCCACCGUCAGGUCCCUUGCCCCACCGUCAGGUCCAUUGUCCCACCGUCAGGUCCCUUGUCCCACCAUCAGGUCCCUUGUCCCACCGUCAGGUCUCUUGCCCCACCGUCAGGUCCCUUGCCCCACCGUCAGGUCCAUUGUCCCACCGUCACAUCCUUUGUCCCACCGUCAGGUCCCUUGUCCCACCGUCAGGUCCCUUGUCCCACCGUCAGGUCCCUUGUCCCACCGUCUGGUCCCUUGUCAAUCCAAGUUAGGUGUGACUUGAGUUUUAGAAAGAACUGGUUAAAUAUGAUUAAGAUUUCGUUUAAAUAGCGUUUGAACAGCUUGAUUCGUUCAUAAUUAUCUGUAUUGUUAUCCGACGAAGACCGUUCCCAUUUUAGCA